AUGUCUCUCCCGACGACCGGCUCGUCGCCGACUCUGUCUGCCCAAACCUUCAUGCCUCUGCUCUACGCCAUCGCAGUCCCAGUCCCUGUUGUGGUGAUAGUCCUGGGCGGGAUUCUGGGCACUUUCCGAUGUAUCAGAGCACGACGACGAAAGGCGAGAGCAGCUGCUGAGCAGCUUGACGUGGAGAUGGUUGUGCCGACUGUACUGGCCGCACCCGUUGUGCCGCCAGACUCAAUUACUCUCACUCGUCCUUCGAGGGAGAGUGACAGGAGUGUCCUGUACCAUGCUUGGCACGGUAGUGCCAGGGUCAAUGGUAGGGUAAGUAACUCGGGCCUGACGGUGCCGCUGCCUGAGCCGCAGCUACCAGGUCUGCUCCCUCAGAGGACGAUUAGUGAUAGCGACGUCUCGAGCCUGGCGCUCGACGAGACGCACGCUUCGCCUAGCAAGGCUGAACAUCCAUAG